GGCAUGUCGGGGACGCGGGCCUCCAACGAGCGGCCCCCGGGCGCCGGCGGCGUCAAGCGCGGGCGGCAGCAGCAGGAGGCGGCGGCCUCGGGCUCGCGGGUGACCGUGGUGCUGGGCGCGCAGUGGGGGGACGAGGGCAAGGGCAAAGUGGUGGACCUGCUGGCCGCGGACGCCGACAUCAUCAGCCGCUGCCAGGGCGGCAACAACGCCGGCCACACGGUGGUGGUGGACGGCCAGGAGUACGACUUCCACCUGCUGCCCAGCGGCAUCAUCAACACCAAGGCCAUGUCCUUCAUAGGCAAUGGUGUGGUCAUCCACUUGCCCGGCCUGUUCGAAGAAGCAGAGAAGAACGAGAAGAAAGGUCUGCGGGACUGGGAGAAGAGGCUCAUCAUCUCUGACCGAGCCCACCUGGUGUUUGAUUUCCACCAGGCGGUCGAUGGCCUCCAGGAAGUACAGCGUCAAGCCCAGGAGGGGAAGACCAUCGGCACCACCAAGAAGGGGAUCGGGCCCACGUACUCCUCCAAGGCCGCCCGGACGGGCCUCCGCGUCUGCGACCUCCUGUCGGAUUUUGACGAGUUUUCCACCAGAUUCAGGAAUCUGGCUCGUCAGCACCAGUCCAUGUUCCCUGCCCUGGAAGUCGACGUCGAGGGUCAGCUCAAGAGGCUCAAGGGCUUUGCCGAGCAGAUCAGACCCAUGGUCCGGGACGGCGUGUAUUUCAUGUACGAAGCACUCCAUGGCCCCCCCAAAAAGAUUCUCGUGGAAGGCGCCAACGCGGCCCUGCUUGACAUCGACUUCGGGACCUACCCGUUCGUGACGUCGUCCAACUGCACCGUGGGGGGCGUGUGCACGGGCCUGGGGAUCCCCCCACAGAACAUAGGGGAGGUGUACGGCGUGGCGAAGGCCUACAGCACCCGCGUGGGCAUCGGGGCCUUCCCGACCGAGCAGAUCAACGAGAUCGGGGACCUGCUGCAGAGCCGCGGCCACGAGUGGGGGGUGACCACGGGCAGGAAGAGGCGCUGCGGCUGGCUGGACCUGGUCAUCCUGAGAUACGCCCACAUGAUCAACGGCUUCACCGCGCUGGCACUAACCAAGCUGGACAUCCUGGACACCCUGGACGAGAUCAAAGUCGGCGUUUCGUACAAGCUGAACGGGAAGAGGAUUCCGUACUUUCCAGCUAACCAGGAGACUCUGCAGAAGGUGGAGGUGGAGUACGAGGCGCUGCCCGGCUGGAAGGCCGACACCACGCGGGCCAGGACGUGGGAGGAGCUGCCGGCCCAGGCGCAGGGCUACGUGCGGUUCGUGGAGAACCACGUGGGCGUGGCAGUCAAGUGGGUCGGUGUCGGCAAGUCGCGGGAGUCCAUGAUCCAGCUGUUUUAGGCAUCCCCGGCCCCCCGGAACCGGCCAUCGUUACUGGACCAUCGAAACCAAGACGGUAAUAAUAAACACGAAAACUGUUUUCUGUACUUUUAUAUUUCUCUUUAAGCCUUCAGCUGGACACAUUUAUUUCUACAGUGAUUUCAAACAUCCCAAAGCCAGCAUUGUGACUUUUUUAAGAAUUCUGCCAUUUAAAAUGAACCAGAAUGCUCAUAACAGAGACCUUUUAUGGUCACUGUCACACGAUGUUAUGUCCAGUUGGAGCAAUUAAUAAUAAAUAGUUC